GAACCCUAGCUCACCUGCACACUCAUUUACAGGCAAGCAGUCACAUUGAUUUGCAUCAACACCAGGACAAAGAAACACAGACGCACAUACACAGGCUUUACUUGUUAUUAGGAUUAUGGCCUCCUCAGUGUCUGGUAAUGGGCUACCCACUGGCUGCAAUGUGUUCACCACCCUGCCUGAUAUUCUCUUCAUACCGGAGUUCAUAUUCGGCGGGUUGGUUUGGACACUGGUCGCUUCCACCUAUGUGGAACCUGCAAAUCCUCAAGGAUGGGUGAUGUUUGUGUCCGUCUUCUGCUUCGUCUUCACCACCCUGUGGUUCUUCAUUUUCCUCUGUGGGGCGAACCAGGGCAGCAUUUGGCCUGGCCUGGACGUUGCAUAUCAUUUCAUCGCAGUGGUCUUCUAUUUGAGCGCUUCAGUAGUGUUGGCUUACAUCACAAUCAUCCUUGGAAUGGGUGCUAGUGCAAGUCCCAUUAUUUUCAAGGUCUAUCAAGAGGACAUCUCUGCUGUGGUGAUGGCUCACGUGGUCACACUGCUGUACUUCAUCCAUGCUAUCCUAUCUGCUCUUCGAUGGAAAUCCUCCUGAAGCUGCUAAAGCACCAAACCAGCCAGCAGGCCAUAUGAAAGAACAUGAAAGAAGAUGAUGUGGCAACAAUCUCCAGCUCCCGAAAGACAAUCUGGCCACCACCCCAUCUCAAUACCAUACAGUCCCCUCAAACAUAAACUGGAAACUGUGUCCAUGUCAGGGAUGGCCCUGCAAAACCCCAUCUGAAAGGCUGACUCAUCCUGCCAACCAUUCCCGUCACUUUAACUGGUCCCUCAAGUACCACCCCAUCAAUAAAUAAACCAACACAGCUGAUAAUUUA